AUGAAAUGAAUGCUUAUGUUGCGAAAACAAGUGGUACUUGAAACGACUUGAUUGUUAAGCCGCGUGAAAGUUUAAUCUAGGAGGUUUAUCUCCUUGAGUGUAAUUGUUAAUUAACGUAGAAACAUGUGAGAAAACUGUUUUUGUCGUCUGUGGAACACCCAUCCGGGCGGGCGCCAUGUUGACGCGACUGCUGCUGCACGUGCUGGUGCGGCGCUUCUUCUCCGUCGCGUACGUGGCGGUGGCGCUCGUCCUGGCCGGCAGCUUCCUGCUGCUGGCGGUGACGAGCGGCGGGCUGCCCUCGCCGUGGCCGGCAUGUCCGGAACGGGGACCUCCGCCGGAGCAGCCGCCUGGCCACUUCCUGGUAGUGCUGGUGGUGUCGGCGCCGGCCAACGAGGGCGCCCGCGACACGCUGCGUGACACGUGGUUCCGCUCCUGCUCGCAGGACGGCGACGUGCGGUGCUACUUCGUGUUGGGGACUGCCGGUCUCCCGAAGGACACGGUGCGCGAGCUGGAGGACGAGCGAGACCGCCACCACGACUUGCUGCUGCUGCCUGAAGUCACCGACACGUUCGCCAAUCUCACGCUCAAGGUGCUGACGGCUCUCGUGUGGGCGGACGAGAAGGCGGGGGCACAGUACGUGCUCAAGUGUGACGACGACACGUUCGUCCGGCUGCCGAAGAUCGUCAGCGAGCUGAAGGAGGGCGAAACGGCACCGUCGUCCGCGUCGCUCUACUGGGGGUUCUUUGACGGACGUGCUGCUGUGCAGAAGAAGGGCAAGUGGCAGGAAAACGACUGGAUUUUGUGCGACCAUUACCUCCCGUAUGCCCUCGGAGGCGGUUACGUCCUGGGUUCCAGACUGCUGCAUUACAUUACUCGUAACCGUCAUGACCUCCAGCUGUUCUACAACGAGGACGUGUCGGUGGGGACGUGGCUGGCCCCCCUGAAGGACGUGCGGCGCGUGCACGACCCGCGGUUCGACACGGAGUACAAGUCGCGGGGCUGCCACAACAGCUACCUGGUGACGCACAAGAAGAGCGCCGCGGAGAUGGCGGCCAUGUGGGAGCAGCUGCGCUGGGGCUCGGACCGGCUGUGCCCCGGGGGGCAGGAGACGCGCCUGCGGCUGUCCUACCGCUACGACUGGCUGGCGCCGCCCUCUCUCUGCUGCCGCCGGCACGACCCCUCCAUCCCGUGAGGCCCGGCGUCGGCGCUGCACCACUGUUCCCCUCUUCUCCUCCGUCGUCUUCGUAUUCCCCCUUAUCGUUCGACAGUUUGUGCGCAGAAUUUCCUAUUCUGCUUGGUACUGUCGUGUGAUCUCGCUGUUCAGAUAUCUGGGUUCACACCCGAAUUACUGUAGUCGCAUUCCACAGUGUUUCCAACAGCUUCCCUAAUUGUCUUUGUCACGUGUGGUAUGCAGAUUUCAUCACUCGCCAUUCAGAAUGGGACUCUGCACACUAUCCUAACAAAUGUUUCCAGGCACCGUGAAGAAUGAGAAAGUCUUGUAAAAUUCUAAAGCUGAACAAAAGGCUGUGUCAAACUGCUGAAAGGAAAACUUCUUAUAAGAACAUCGACAUCUACAUAUAUACCGGGUGAUCAAAAAAUCAGUAUAAAUUUGAAAACUGAAUAAAUCAUGGAAUAAUGUAGAUAGAGAGGUACAAAUUGACACACAUGCUUGGAAUGACAUGGGGUUUUAUUAGAACCGAAAAAAUACAAAUGUUCAAAAAAUGCCCGACCGAUGGCACUUCAUCUGAUCAGAAUAGCAAUAAUUAGUAUAACAAAGUAAGACAAAGCAAAGAUGAUGUCCUUUACAGGAAAUACUCAAUAUGUCCACCAUCAUUCCUCGACAAUAGCUGCAGUCGAGGAAUGAUGUUGUGAACAGCACUGUAAAGCAUGUCCGGAGUUAUAGUGAGGUAUUGGCGUCGGAUGUUGUCUUUCAGCAUCCCUAGAGAUGUCGGUCGAUCACAAUACACUUGUGACUUCAGGUAACUCCAAAGCCAAUAAUCGCACGGACUGAAGUCUGGGAACCUGGGAGGCCGAGCAUGAUGAAAGUGGCGGCUGAGCACACGAUCGUCACCAAACGACAUGCACAAGAGAUCUUUCACGCAUCUAGCAAUAUGGGUUGGAGCAGCAUCCUGCAUAAGUACUGUACAUUCCAGCAGGUGUUUAUCAGCCAGGCUGGGGAUGAUGCGAUUCUGUUACAUAUCGGCGUACCUCUCACCCGUCACGGUAGCAGUCACUGACGUUUUGCUGUCCAGCACCAUCUGUCGGACAUUUUGUGAACUUUUUUUUUUUCCUAAUAAAACCCCAUGUCAUUCCAAGCAUGUGUGUCAAUUUUUACCUCUCUAUCUACAUUAUUCUGUGGUUUAUUAAGUUUUCAAAUUUAUACUGACUUUUUGAUCAUCCGGUACUCUGCUAGCUACCAAUUGGUGUGUGACAGAGGGCACUAUUUGCACCCCCCUCUGUUCCACUCGCACAUCGCAUGAGGGAAAAUCGACUGUUUGAACGCCUCAGUACGAGCUCUAAUUUCCCUGAUCUUUGAACGGUGAUCAUUGCGUGAUUUGAAAGUUGGUGGUAAUAAUAUAUGCUCUAUGUACUUGACGAAGAUCGGAUUUUGGAGUUUAGUGAGCAGCCCCUUCCAUUUAGCGCAUCAUCUGUCUGCAAGUGUGUCCCACUUCAAACUUUCUGUGAUAUUUGUAACACUCUCACGAUGGCUAAAUGUACCAGUCACGAAUCUUGAUGCUCUUCUUUGGACCUUCUCAAUCUCUUGAAUCAGACCCAACUGGUAAGGGACGCAUACAGACGAACAAUACUCUAAGACUGGACGAAGUAUCAUAUUGUAAGCAAUUUCCUUUGUUGAAGGACUGCAUCGCUUCAGGAUUCUACCAAUAAGCCUUGCGCUUCAGGAUUCCACCAAUAACCCUUCUACCAAUAAACCGCAAUCUAGAGUUGGCCUUGCCCGUUUCUUGUGUAACCUGAUCAUUCCAUUUGAGAUCAUUUCGAAUAGUCACACCCAGAUCCUUGAUGGAUGUUACCGCUCCCAAAGACUGGCCAUUCAUUUUGUGCUCGUACAUUAAUGGGGAUUUUCACUUUGUUAUACCCAGUAGGUUACACUUAUUAAUAUUGAGAGAUAACUGCCAGUCAUUACCCCACGCAUUUAUUUUCUGCAAAUCCUCACUGAUUUGUUCACAACUUUCGUAUGAUACUACUUUCGUGUAGACUACAGCAUCAUCGGCAAACAGUCUAGUACCACUGUCAGUACCGUCAACCAGAUCGUUUGUGUAAAUUGUAAAAAGCGGCAGACCUAUUAUGCUGCCCUGGGGCACCUGAUAUUACACUUGUUUCUGUUGAAGUCUCCCCAUUCAGGACGACAUACUGCUCUCUGUCUGUCAGACAACUUUCUAUCCAACUGCAUAUGUCAAUACUGUAAGCGAUGCCUUAAUGGGCACUUAUUUAUGAACAGGCACAGAGAGAGUGAGUGAGAGUUUUGAUAUGUAUCUUGACACAUACUAAGCAGAAUUAGAUUUUCACUCUGCAGCAGAGUGUGCACUGAUAUGAAACUUCUCGGCAGAUUAAAACUGUGUGCCGGACCGAGACUUGAACUCGGGACCUUUGUCUUUUGUGGGCAAGUGCUCUACCAACUGAGCUACCCAAGCACGACUCACACCUCGUCCCCUUCUUGAAACAUUCCCCAGGCUGUGGCUAAGCCAUGUCUCCGCAAUAUCCUUUCUUUCAGGAGUGCAAACCUUGCAGGUGAGCUUCUGUAAAGUUUGGAAGGUAGGAGACGAGGUACUGGCAGAAGUAAAGCUGUGAGGAUGGGGUGUGAGUCGUGCUGGGGUAGCUCAGUCAGUAGAGUACUUGCCCGUGAAAGGCAAAGGACCCGAGUUAGAGUCUCGGUCUGGCACACAGUUUUAAUCUGCCAGGAAGUUUCACAUACUGAGCAAUUCGAACCCCCAGAUCCUAAACUGAAGCUGAUGCGUCUCUUAGCUGUGUUAUCCACCACUGCUUGAUUGUCUUCUUCAUUACAAAAUCACAGAAGUCCAGUGCUUACAUUGUUGCUGCUAAUUACAUUUCAUGCUCAAUUUGCAGCAGUGUUUAGCGACAACUGAUUUAGUUGGUUGCUCCAGUCGCAUGUAAUUUGACAUCAUCAUAACACUGCUUUCCUUGGUCAGCUAUUUAGUUUUACUAAUUAUUGGAGAGUUUAUUGUUAAGUUUUCCACUCUUUACACGACAUGACUAAUCACUACAGUAGUACAUUCUCUACAGUUUUUGAGUGCCCGUGUUUGAAGUGAAGUUGUCAUAUUCCAUCCUUUAAUUGUUAUCGUCAAAUAUAGAGUGCAGAUUUUGUCACUCUCUAUUUGUACUCUGACCAGACUGUGAACGCAUCAUAAGUAAAGAAACAAUCUUCAUGACGCAUAUGUAAAUUUACAUCUGAGGAUGGGGUGAACAUAAAAUUAAUGUACUUUCAAAAAUGUAUGUUUCGAGACACAAUUUGUUUUCGUGGUAUGUCAUGGAAGCGGUGCCAUUGAUAUUGGUGCAUUACAUUGUAAACAUUAAUGUCACAGACACUAUGAUUUUGACUUUAUGUGCUAGGAGCACUGCUGUUGAGUUAUGUGAUAAGCCGGUCCCCAUACUCAAGUAAGUAUAUGAGUCAGGUCCGUGGGUCACCAAAGGUUGCCCAUGUCUGCUUUAAUGUUACCUGGUGGGGAUCCCAAACACUCAAGCAGUACUCAGGGGGGUUGAACAAGUGUUUUGUGUGCACUGUCCGUUGUAGAUGAGCUGCACUUUUCUAAAACUCUCCCAAUAAUCCAAAGCCAUUCACCUUUCCUACUAGCAUCCUUAUGUGCUCGUUCAAUUUGCAAUGUUACGCCUAGCUAUUUAAUUGAUGCAUCUGUGUUGAGCAGCACACUGCAAAUACUGUGCUUGAAUGUUAUGGGAUGAUGAUUCCUAAUUUGCAUUAACUUACAUUUUUGUACAUUUAGAGCAUGCUGCCAUUCAUAACACAAAAUAGAUUGGUUCAAAUGGCUCUGAGCACUAUGGGUCUUAACAUCUGAAGUCAUCAGUCCCCUAGAACUUAGAACUACUUAAGGCUACCCAACCUAAGGGUGUCACACACAUCCACGCCCGAGGUAGGAUUCGAACCUGCGACUGUAGCGGUCAUGCGGUUCCAGACUGAAGUGCCUAGAACCACUCGGCUUUGGUGGCAAUACUUUGCCCUAUACUACUGUGUCGUCAGCAACCAGUGGCAGAGUACUGCUCCUAGUCUCCAACCUAGCAAUAGCAGUACUGCUAGUUUCACCAUUAUGGCUUGGAAGGCCUUCACAAACUUCUUAGUAGUCUUAUUGGAGUUUUCAGAUCAGUUCCUGUGCUUGCAGAAAAAUAAUAGUGAAUUAAAGAGGGGUCUAACUUUUUGCAAGUACACAAAUUAUUGUUUUAUUUUAUUACUCAAAAAUGCUUCACACAUUUGUGGCACCCUUACUUAUCUGUGACAAGUUUGUUUUUCUGUACCAGAUGUGUUUUGUGUAGCUGAUUUGAAUGUUUUCUUCUGUUUGUUUGUAAAUACUGUGUUAUUAUGUUGCCGUAGCUCUGAUCAGAGACAUACAUUUGUGCAGUGAAACGUGUCCAAGUCACAGCAAUAUGACGUAUUUACAAACGAUCAGGAGAAAACAUUCAACUUGAGUACACAAAACACUCCUGUUACAUAAAAACAAACAUAUCACAGCUAAGGGCCAGCAAAAUACAACAAUUAUGAUAUGCUGUAUUAAUUUAGACCUGUGCCUGAUUUUGGUCGGCAGCUACAGGACACAAAAUGUAAAAUAAGAGAAAAAUAGUAAUAAAAAACCACUAAAGGUCCCACAACUGUGCUGAAACUUGUUUGGGCUAUAAGACAAAACAAUAAUUUGUGUACUUGCAAAAAGGCAGACCCAUCCUUACUUCAUUAUUACUUUCCUUAAUAGUAAUUUUCUGUCUUACUUUAUUCCAUUGUACUGUUCCCCAUAAAUUAUCAAAUGUUUUAUUACGGUGGUGUGUGUGGAUGAGUGUUAGUAGACAGUAUAAAAAACAAAGAUGUGCAAGCAUAAUUUUUAGUACUUCUUUGUCCACGACACCUUUUGGUUAACGUAUCCCAUCCAGAAGCUGCAAGGACGAAAAUCCAAACUGUGUAGGCUCGUAUACAGACUCAACGCCACUGUCCACUGUCUCACAGUUCUCCACCAUGCACUUUUUUUAUUGGUAUUGUACAACAAGUUGUGGAAUCUUCUUCUCAAUGCAGUUGCUAUGGAUGUUUAAAACAACACAAAUUUUCUGCAGUCUAGUUUCCCCUUAUUGUUUUCGCAGUCCUCAUUCCAAACAUUCCACGGGCGCACUUCUCCGCUCGCUACAGUGACACCACCCCCAUAGUCUGCUGCCUCAUCCACUCCUUUAUUAAACAGUUUGUGAAACAAACUCGGCACCUGGCAGACAAAAUCACAACUCAGAUUGUAAAAAAAGCUAGUGCCGUGUGGCGAUGAUGUGGAUAGCUGGCAGAAACAUUAUUUCCUUUGAUGUGUUCUGACACUAUCACAGACAGCAAUGUGUUGCAAACAUAGGCCAUUCAGCAGGCAUGUUGCAGACUCAGUGUGUGUGGAGCUGUACUUAUCCCUAGAUAUUCAGUGUUCUCUUUUCUCCCAGAUUUUGUAAUAAUUACUUCAUUUUAAGUAUUUGUGUCCUUAUUUUUUAUUAAUUCCAUAUCAACCACAUAUGAAACCGAGCGAGGUGGCGCAGUGGUUAGACACUGGACUCGCAUUCAGGAGGACGACGGUUCAAUCCCGCGUCCGGCCAUCCUGAUUUAGGUUUUCCGUGAUUUCCCUAAAUCGCUCCAGCCAAAUGCCGGGAUGGUUCCUUUCAAAGGGCACGGCCGACUUCCUUCCCCGUCCUUCCCUAAUUCGAUGAGACCGAUGACCUCGCUGUCUGGUCUCCUUCCCCAAAACAACCAACCAACCACAUAUGAAAUGUAAUAAUGUUUUCCCUCAGCAGUUGGAGUCUCUUGGGUGAGGGGUCAGUUUUAGCAAAUUCUUUGUCAGUAUCCUCUAAGACGAGUUUAAGUAAUACGGGUGUCUCAGCCCACUAUACAACUUUAAUUUCAGUUUCUCGUAGUGAUGUCUUAUUCAGCAGGAGGUUUCUUCAAUAUACAUUUUAACUAGUCUGAUUAAUUUGAGGCUAUUUCAGAGUCUUUAACAAUGUUCACUCUCAUCUGUUAGUCUUAAUAUCUACUUACAGUAAUGAACAGUUACGUAACUGCCACACUUGACGUGAUAACUAGUCAGUAUUGGUAUGUGAAAUGCCUGAUGUGUGCAAAAUUGUGAAUAGGCGAACAAAACGGCAACUUAUCAUAAGUGCGCAUUCAGUGUGCAAAAUUGUGAAUAGGCGAACAAAAUGGCAACUUAUCAUAAGUGCGCAUUCAGUAUAGGGAAAUGUUGCUUGGCUAUGACCUGGAAAAUAUUUGUUAUUUGACUGUGUAGCUGUCAGUACACACAACUCCCCAAUGAUAUCUAGUCCAAAGGCUUCUGUUCUUAGUUGUUUAAGUUUCGUCGCCAGGCACGUCGAUGGGACGAGUAACUUGUGCCAUAUAAAUGGAGCAUUUACUAUGUGAUAUUUAUUUGCAACAGUAUUCUUCUUGUCAUGUCCCGUGUACAUUUGUACCUCCUUUGUGUUUGUGUAUUUCAGUGUUUGUGUACCCUGUUAAUUCAGGAGAAUAACUGUUAUUGUAAAAAUCAUAAAAUGCUUAACACUGGUAGCUAAAGGCAAAACCAAAAAAGUUAUCUGCACAAAAGCUACAUACAAGUAUAAUUUGUGAUGGUGUUUCAUUUAUUGAAUUUUGUGUCUGUCAGUUUACAAUAACUGGCUCUCUGUGUCCAUAUAUGUGUAGGAUAUUGAUGUUUUAGAAUAUAUGUCAUGAUAGGGUGGUGAUAAAUUGUCAGCCGUUUUUAAAAAAAUAAAGUAAA